UUUUAAAGUUAAAACUCUUUUCUUCCUCUCAACUCCUACGCCCCGAUGCAGACCCUGCAAUAUGCGCCAAUCCACUCUCUUGUACACUACAUGCCCUCUCCUCUUCACCUAACUCUCCUCAAAACCUCAAAAACCCUGAAAGAAACGCUGCAACUUCAUGCCUUUUCUCUCAAAACCAACCUCAUUUGCCACCCUUCUGUCUCCUCUUGCCUUCUCUCUCUUUACGUAGACCCCAAAAUAAACAACCUCCAUUAUGCUCGCUCCAUUUUUUAUCAAAUUCAAGACCAUAGUUUACUUCUUUACAACCUUCUCAUUAAAUGCUACGUUUCUAACCACUAUUCCCAUGAAGCUAUAGUUUUGUUUUCUGAUAUGCUUCGUGAAUUUUUGUUGCCCGAUAAUUUUACUUUACCUUGUGUGAUCAAAGGUUGUGCUAGGUUAGCUGCAAUAAAAGAGGGGAAGCAAAUUCAUGGGUUGGUUUUGAAACUAGGGUUUGGAUUGGAUAAGUUUGUCUUGAGUAGUUUUGUUAGUAUGUAUGCUAAAUGUUAUGAGAUUGGUUCUGCAAGGAGAGUUUUUGAUACAAUGGAUGAAAAGGAUUUGGUUUCUUGGAAUACUUUGAUUGAUGGGUAUGCAAAAUGUGGAGAUGUUAACGCUUCGAUGAAACUGUUUGAUGAAAUGCCUGAGAGGGAUUUGUUUUCUUGGACUUGUUUGGUUGAUGGGUUUUCCAAAUGUGGAAAGGUUGAGAAUGCCAGAGAGAUUUUUGAUAGGAUGCCUGAUAGGAAUUUGGUUGCCUGGAAUGCAAUGAUUAAUGGGUAUAUGAAGUCAGGAGAUUUUGAUUCUGCUCUUGACCUGUUUAAUGACAUGCCAAUGAGGGAUUUAAUUUCUUGGAAUUCAAUGAUAUCGGGGUAUGAAUUGAAUGGGAGGUUUAUAGAUGCUUUGGAAUUAUUUGACGACCUGUUAAAUUGUGAAUUUAUGCCUAAUGAUGCUACAUUAGUUAGUGCACUCUCAGCAGUUUCAGGAUUAGCUCGUCUUAGUAUAGGGCGAUGGAUACAUUCUUACAUGAUUAAAAAUGGGUUUGCAAUAGAUGGUGUGCUUGGUACAUUGUUGAUACAAAUGUAUUCCAAGUGUGGGAGCAUUGAAAGUGCGCUAAAAAUUUUUCAAGCAAUAUCCAGGAAGAAGGUUGGACAUUGGACUGCUAUGAUUGUGGGCUUUGGAAUGCAUGGCAUGGCAGAAGAAGCUCUGGACCUAUUCAAUGAAAUGUGUAGUUACAAAAUGAAGCCCCAUGCUAUUACUUUUAUUGGUGUUCUGACUGCUUGUAGUCAUGUGGGUUUGGUAGAUGAUGGUCGCCACUAUUUUGACAUGAUGAUCAAUCAGUAUGGAAUUCAACCUACAAUUGAACACUAUGGUUGCUUAGUGGACAUUUUAUGUCGAACUGGAAAUCUUGACGAGGCAAGAAGUAUCAUUGAGAGUAUGCCCAUGAGACCCAACAUGGUGAUUUUGAUGAGUUUACUUAGUGGUGCUAGGAACCGUGGAAACAAGGCUAUUGCUGAAUAUGCAGCUAAUCGUCUGUUUGAGGAGGCUCCAGAAACUACUGGAUGCUAUGUUGUCCUCUCAAAUAUGUAUGCUGCAGCCGGUCAGUGGGAGAAAGUUUCAAAGGUAAGAGAAAUGAUGAAGAAGAGAGGAUUCAGGAAAGACCCAGGAUGCAGUUCAAUAGAACAUAGAGGUGUUCUUCAUGAGUUUAUCGUGGGUGAUAAGUCACAUCCCCAAACAAAUGAAAUAUACCACAAAUUGAGUGAGAUGAGAGACAAAUUGAGAUCUGCAGGUCAUGUUCCUGACACAACUCAAGUUCUUUUGUGUAUUGAAGAUGAAAAGGAGAAGGAAGCAGAAUUAGAAAAUCAUAGUGAGAGGUUGGCCAUCGCUUUUGGACUCAUUAAUCUCAAACCUGGGAGUCUUAUCCGCAUUGUGAAGAACCUCCGUGUUUGUAAUGAUUGUCACUCUGUAACAAAAUUGUUAUCCAGUAUUUAUAAUCGUGAAAUUAUUGUGAGAGAUAAUAGCCGUUUCCAUCAUUUCAAAAAUGGAUCUUGCUCUUGCAAGGAUUUUUGGUGAUUCCCUGGCCUUAUUGGCCAACAUUAAUACUCUUGUUAAUCUGCUCUCAAUAAGAAGUAUUUGGAUACCUUUUGCUUGUUUAAA